UGAAUAGAGAAUAUAAUUUAAGCUGAUAGAAUGUCCAUAGAAAAAAUUACUUUUUCAGGACAACAACCAAUAGCACCUCAGCCAAUUACAUCGUUGAAUUUUCCAUUAUGAGCUUCAAUUCAAUCUCAAAUUUGCGUGAAAUUAUAUGUGCAUAUGUUCCCAUCAGACUAUUUUUCAGUGGCAAAUUUCAUGUAGCCUUAGCCCUAGCCCGCCUCUGUUGUAUCAGAGCGGAGCGAAGGAGCUAUACCAAGUUCCCCCACAAACGCACCCUCAAGAAGUUCAUGUGCUUAGGGACCCACGACGGCCACUCCCCCACCUCCUUCACCACCUCUGACAGGAUAAAACCUAGUAGGGGCCGGCCUGUCGAUACCGGAAAUCCUAUUUUUAGUAUAGUCAGACAACAACAGUGCAUGCAUAAAAAAAAGAAACCGCAGCUCAGACAUAGUCAAGAGAAACAAGACAGGCGUAUAAUUACAAACCAUGAAGCAGAAUGUCGACACCGUGAAUGGUCUUUGUAUAGACAGUUAUCAUUGCUUUAAGUGUUAAUAGCAUAUUCAAAAGAGGCUGUAAGAGAAAAGGCAGACUAUGUGGUAGUAAGUUGUAACUGUGGGGAGAAUGUACCAAGGAUAUGUGAAAUCUCCACUUUCUUUUCUAACUUUUUUUUUCCAUCUCAACUUUUUAUAGAAACCAAAAAGGAAACCAGAAGGAAUUUGUGACUCUGUUUGACUAUACCACCCAUACCUUCCUCUUUAAAUUCUCCCUUGCCUUUCAUUUCCUUGGGCUCUUCUAUACCUUCCUUUAGCUUUUACCUACAGAUCAUCAAGAAAAUCUCUCUCUUUCUCUCUCUCUCUCUCUCUCUCUCUCACACACACACACACACACACACACACACACAUACACACACACAAUACAAAAACAGAUACUCACAUACAUAUCAUCAAGAGAUGGGGUCACCGGCUAGUGGCUUUCUCAAACAAAACAACGUUAUGUUACUUCGAUUUUUCAUGAUUCUGGUGUUAAGUUGUAUCCCUCGAAGAACCAACCUCUGUUCUAACCACUUUUUCGACACCCCAAAGAUUCCACCUCAUUCAGACUCCUCCAGUCUUGUGUUGUCUUUGAAAACACUUACUCUUGAUGGCUACUUCAAUUUUGAGAACCUCGAACAUGCCGCCAAAGACUUCGGUAACACAUACCACUACCUCCCGAUAGCAGUUCUACACCCCAAAUCAGUUUCUGAUAUUUCUUCCACAAUAAAACACAUCUUGGAUAUGGGUUCUGCACCAAAGUUAACAGUUGCAGCUAGAGGCCGUGGUCACUCCCUUCAAGGUCAGGCACAAGCCUAUCAGGGUGUGGUUAUCAACAUGGAAUCACUUGAACGACCCAGCAUGUAUGUUAUAACUGGUGAGGUACCUUAUGUGGAUGUUUCAGGCGGUGAGUUGUGGAUUAACAUCCUGCAUGAGACUCUUAAAUAUGGACUUUCACCCAAGUCUUGGACGGACUACCUUCACCUGACUGUCGGAGGUACUUUAUCAAAUGCCGGAAUAAGUGGUCAGGCAUUCCGGCACGGACCCCAAAUAAAUAACGUUUAUCAACUAGAGGUUGUAACAGGAAGAGGAGAAGUCAUCACCUGUUCAGAUAAGAAGAAUGCGGACCUCUUUUAUGGUGUUCUUGGGGGACUAGGGCAAUUUGGAAUCAUCACCAGGGCUAGAAUAUCUCUUGGACCAGCAGACAAGAUGGUGAAAUGGAUCAGGGUUCUUUACUCUGAAUUCUCUACAUUUUCCAAUGACCAAGAGCAUUUAAUAUCAUCCGAGAAUUCAUUUGACUACAUCGAAGGGUUUGUUAUAAUAAACAGAACUGGUCUCCUCAACAACUGGAGAUCCUCCUUCAAUCCCAAAGACCCAAUUCAAGCAAGCCAGUUCAGUUCAGAUGGGAAAAUUCUUUACUGUCUAGAAAUGGCUAAAUACUUCAAUCCAGAGGAGACGGAUAGUUUGAACCAGAAUAUUGAGAAGUUAUUGUCAGAAUUAAACUAUAUCCCAUCAACACUCUUUCUAUCCAAAGUUUCUUAUGUGGAAUUCCUCAAUAGAGUGCACACGUCUGAGAUGAAACUCAGAUCAAAAGGAUUAUGGGAAGUUCCUCAUCCAUGGCUGAAUCUUCUUAUACCCAAAAGCAGAAUUUUCGACUUUGCUCAAGAGGUCUUUGGCAAUAUUGUUAAAGACAACAGUAACGGUCCUAUCCUCAUUUAUCCAGUCAACAAGGCCAAGUGGAACAAUAGAACAUCCAUGGUUACCCCAGAGGAAGAUAUAAUCUACCUGGUCGCAUUCCUAUCAUCUGCACUCCCAUCAUCCACAGGAACAGAUGGCUUAGAACAUAUCAUGACCCAAAACCAACGCAUUCUUGAUUUCUGUGCCAAGGCGCAGCUUGGAGCAAAGCAAUAUUUGCCCCAUUACAGCAGCCAAAACGAGUGGCAAGAUCAUUUCGGUCCUCAGUGGGAAACUUUUGUACAGAGAAAAUCUGCAUAUGACCCUUUGGCGAUCCUUGCUCCUGGACAGAGAAUCUUCCAACAGGCAAUAUCGAUCUCAUAACCUUACCUCUCGCCGAGGCCAUAUAUUAAACAGAGGGCACUAAAGU